UCGUAGUCGUUCAGCCAUCGGAUCGCCGCCGAGACCACAGCACGUGUAAAGCAUUCGCUAUGUCACCAACAACUUCUGACGAUACUGUGGGUGCUGAUUGUCAAAAAAAUCACACCUCCACAGAUGAUUGGUGUUCGUGCUUUGAAACUUGUACAUUACCAAAACAUAUCCAAGAAGUGGCUUUAAUUGAGUUACGGGAAAAUGAAAGUGCUCGUAGGCAAGCUAUUUCAUCGUUCCGACAGUGGAUAUCAAAAAAUGCAGAUGUUCAAAACGUAAUUACUGAUGAAAAUUUUUUGUUACGAUUCUUGCGUGCUAAAAAGUUUAGUUUACCGAUGGCUCAACAAAUGUUGCUUAAAUAUUUAAAUCUUCGACAAAGAUUCCCAAUGUACUUCAUGGGCCUAGACUGUAUGAUUCCAUCAAUUAAUGAACUUAUUGACUCCGGAUACAUGUUUGUAUCGCCUUUUAGGGAUAAUGAAGGUCGGCGAGUUAUUAUUGGUACUGCAAAAGGCUUCGAUCUUCGAAAAUAUAGCAAUAGAGACUUGGGUAUUGUACAUAUAAUUACCUAUGAGACAUUACUAAAUGAUGAAGUCAAUCAGGUUGUGGGAUUCACCCACUUUGGUGAUUUUGACUCCAUAACUCCAGCGUAUAUAACUCUGUUCGCUCCAAAUGAAUUUGCCACUCUUAUCAAGUGGGGAGAGCAAUCAAUUCCUAUGAGACAUAAAGCAAUACAUUUGUUGAACGUUCCAACACCGAUCAAGUUUGCUUAUGAUUAUUUCCGAACAAGAAUAAGCCCAAAACUCAAUUCACGAUUGAAGAUGUACACUUCACUUUCCGAAUUACAAGAGAACCUUGAUAAAAAAGUCUUACCGAAAGAGUAUGGUGGUGAAAUGCCAAUGGCCGAAAUGAUCAGAUUAUGGAAACAAGAAUUGCUGGCAAAUAGAGAAAAAUUAAUAGCAUUAGACAAUAUGCGGUUAUUAUCAGAUAAAAAUAUUAUAACAAGAAAAACGAAAACUGAAAUUAAUCAUAGUUUGAUUGCUGGAUUUGAUCAAAUAAAUGGCAGUUUUCGAAAACUUGAAGUAGACUAAUUAUUAAUAGUAAUAAAUAAUUACAUUAUACCUAUGUAAAUAAAUAAUUUUGUGAAAACUUCAACAUUUUAGUUUUCUCUAUUCAUUUUUUAUUCACAUUUUCAUUUUGUAUAAUAUUAUUAUUCAUUUCUAUACAAGUUCUUAUUUUUAAAUACUCUCAUACUUUUUUUUUCAUUUAUAAUAAUUAUAGUUACCAUAUUUUUAUAUGCAAAUUUUGCAAUAUUCUUAAUUAAUUUACAAAGUAUUUUAAUAUUAUACAUUUAAGUUUAUUUUAGUUUAAAUAAGUAUACAUAUACUAUUUUAGUUGUAAAAACUGAAUUAUUUUAUUAAAUAUUUAUUUAGUACCAUAAUAUAUUACAAUACCGUCAAUACCU